AUGGCUGCCGCUAUCAAAGCUGUCAAUGCGAAGAUUCGCUCCAACAAGGUUUUGGACUAUGUCUUCUCUACACAUUUCUGGGGCCCUGCGUCGAACUUCGGUAUCCCUAUUGCGGCUGUAAUGGACAUCCAAAAGGACCCUGAAAUUAUCUCCGGAUCCAUGACUGGUGCUUUGAUUGUCUACUCGGCUACCUUCAUGCGUUACUCGAUGGCUGUUACACCCAAGAACUACCUCCUCUUUGCUUGCCAUGCUAUCAACUUUGGUUCUCAGGUUACACAAGGAUAUCGGUAUAUGAAUUACUGGAACUGGGGAGGUCGUGAGAAGGCCCUUGCAGAAAAGGCGGCGGCACAAGGAACGGCGACUGCUGCUCAAUAG